CCGUCACCGUAUUCGCAUCGUCCGGCACACGGCGGCCUUCGCCUCUUUCGCUUUGCUCUGUCCCCGUGGCCGGCUUAUAUAAGACGCGCCUCGCCGCCGCCUCCACCUCAGACCUUCGUGCAGUGGAGCGGCAUCCAGUGGUGGUACUAGCGACUAGCGGUAGAAGCCGGCGCCAUCCGUCUCCGUCUCGUCGCGCGGCUGGUCAGGCCUCCUCCCGCCCGGACCGCGGCAGCGAUGGCCGAUCGCCCGGCGCGGAAGGUGGGCGACGUCCGGGACGCGCCGGCGGGACGCGAGAACGACCUCGAGGCCGUCGAGCUCGCGCGCUUCGCCAUCGCCGAGCACAACAGCAAGACCAACGCGAUGCUGGAGUUCGAGAGGCUGGUGAAGGUGAGGCAGCAGGUGGUGGCCGGGACCAUGCACCACUUCACCGUCGAGGUCAAGGAGGCCGGCGGCGCCAAGAAGCUGUACGAGGCCAAGGUGUGGGAGAAGGUCUGGGAGAAUUUCAAGCAGCUCCAGAGCUUCGAGCCCGUCGGAGACGCCGCGGCCGCCUGAGGACUGAGGCAAACGUACCAUCUUCCCAGUGUGAUGUGUUUUUCCCUGAAGGCUCAAGCUUGUCGCUGGAGGCUGGAGCAGAACAAUGAAAGGAUUUAGCUAUCGGACAUGGAUACACCACCUCACUGGAGGAGUUUAUAUGAUGAAUAAACCAGCUUCUUACCAGAUGUAUCAUAUGAUUUUUAAGUCCUGUUAUGGAGUGCGCUGUGCUGCAAGCAA